UAUUGACAUUUGGUUUCUGUGUUAUGUUGAGAAAAAAAGGUUCAUCGGCAUGGCACUAAGACUUUUAUGUGGUACAGCCCGAAAUUGGACAAAUUAUGCCAUAUCCGGUGGCCUGUCCAGGCAGCCCGCAUAUAGAAACACCUUUACACAUUUUCUGAACUACCAAUCAACACCAAUUGCAGAUUCCGUUCGAUCGGUCAGCUUUCUGAACAAAAUCACUGGUGCUGAUUUAUGGAAGACUUGUACGACAGUAAGUAAUGCCGGUAAAAAACGUGGUCGUGCCCGUUUGGUUGGAAAAGGUCGUACAAAAGAUCUUAACCGUGGUCAGAUUAUUGGUCAAGGAAGGAAAAAUGUAGUUUUGCCUGGUUUAAAUACGAUGGUUAAGCGAGGAAAUGAAAUUUUGACUGCAGAACGUGGAGUAGAUGAUCCAAGCUGGACUGAAAAAUUGUAUAAUGUUCGUGAUUCGAAUCGAUCACGGAGAAAAACGCAUAUUAAUCCCAUGGAGCGUGGUUAUUCAGGAACAAAAUUGGCCGGUCGUUCUAUUGGUCCACCCGAUUGGCCAACAAACACGUUCACAUUUGAUGGUUUCGAUUCACGUGCUCUUGAAAAUAAAAUCGUUGUCCAUAUGACUAAACGUUUUGGAAGACAUCGUACACAUUCGGUAUUUGUUGCAACCGGAAAUGGACAGGGUGUUUGUGGUAUUUCUCUCGGAAAAGCAUCGGAUCCAAAAUCAGCCAUUCGAGUUGGCAAAACUCGUGCAUCGAAAAAAUUAAUGCAUUUCCAUUUAUGCGAUAAUCGCACCGUUUAUCACGAUUUCUUUGCACAAUUUGGUUAUACAAAAAUCUAUGGAUAUAAGAUGCCCGAAGGUUAUGGCUUGCGACAAAAUCAUCGUGUUAUUAAAACAUUGUGUCAAUUGAUUGGCAUUAAAGAUUUGCGAACAAAAGUCGAAGGUGCCAAACAUCCACAAACCAUUACCAAAGCAUUUUUGUUGGGAUUAUUACAACAAAAAACAUACCAACAAUUAGCCGAAGAGAAAAAAUUGUUUGUCGUUGAAUUUGAUCCAAGGCGUCAGUAUUUUCCGCAAAUUGUUGGUAAACCAUUAUCGUACUGUCGAAAACUUAACGAAAUACCAGCCGAAGAAAAUCGAGACUUUAAACAAUACGUUUUGAAUGGAAAAGUUAUUAAAAAACAAGAACCACGAAAGAAUCCAUGGCAAAAUUUGCCAUCAUAUGAACGAUAUUUGAAGAAGCACGAAAAACGACGAUCAUGGCCGGCAAUCAAAUUUUAUCUCAGAGUCAGAUAUGGAAAAUUAAGAAGUUUCUUAACGGAUAAAUAUCCAGAAGCUACUAAUAUUGAUCAAGACGAGUACUAAAUAUGCGCCUAUAUUUUUUUUGUUUUAAAAAUUCCCUUUGCUGUAUUUCUUUGUAGAUAAUAAUGAUUAAAGAUGAUUAUUAACAAAAAA